GUUAAUCCACACAUGGGGCCAUCUCAAAGAAAUACGGCCAUGUCAGUUUCUACCCCACUCCAGUUCAUGUGAAACUCGCUCCUAGUAACCCGCUAGAGUCAGACAUAUUUAACCAAAAAUAUCGAUUUAAACGAUAGUGCUAUUUAUAAUUCGAUUGUUUUAUUCGAUGAAACCAAAAUGUCAUUCAUUAUUUGGUAAAAAUAUCAACAUGGCGAUAAAAAGUAAACGUGCAGUGAUAUGAGGACAAUAAAAUAAACUACUAAUAAUGUCCAACACACCACCAAAUAACCGGAAUAGUGCACAAAAAAUUAGAUUAACAAUUUUAUGUGCAAGGAACUUGGUGAGAAAAGAUUUAUUCCGGCUUCCAGAUCCUUUUGCAAAAAUAAGCGUGGAUGGUAGUGGACAAUGUCAUUCAACAGAAACUGUUAAAAAUACUUUAGACCCAAAAUGGAACUCCCAUUAUGAUUUGUAUAUAAGUAAGAAUGAUAGUAUAACAAUAUCAAUUUGGAACCAUAGGAAAGUACACAAGAAACAAGGCAGUGGUUUCUUGGGAUGUGUUCGUAUUGUAAAUAAUUUAAUUCAAAGGCUUAAGGAUACAGGAUAUCAAUGUUUAGAUUUAGGUAAAGCUAAUGCAGACGAUGAACCCGUAAAAGGACAAAUAAUUAUUUCAUUACUUUCGAGGGACGGUCCUUGCGGUGGUACUCCUUUAGCUAUCGUGGGUCCUCUAGGCGAUCUUAGAGGACCCACAGAUUUAGAAAAUUCCAGUACUACGGCUCCGACAGAAUUGCCUUCCGGCUGGGAGGAAAGGAGAACCCCGAACGGCCGCCUUUAUUACGUUAAUCAUAUCACUAAAUCAACACAAUGGAUUAGACCACCUGCUAGUAUCAAGACAAAACCCAAUAGAUCUAGGAUAAAUAAUAAUAAUACGACAUUUAAUGUGGAUAAUAAUAAUUUAGAAGUGAACAGAAAUUUGGAUCCUGUCAAUAACAAUGUAACUUCACCGACAACUGAAACAUCACAAUUACCCGCAACGUCUUGUUCGAGCACAUCUGUAUCUACAGUAGUCAAUACGCAAAAAGAGCAAGUAGCUCCGCUACGUCCCGCCCCUAACGUCCCUUCCGCUUCAACACCACAACAUUCUGAACAACAACAGCAACCAUAUACUUUUCCUAUCUUUUAUCCGACAUCAACUGCUGUUGUACCUGCUCCAAACAAUAUCAGUUGUAACGUACCUGUAACUGCAAGUAAUACUCCUGUAACUGUAACGAAUAAGACUCCUGCUACUGCUGCAGUAGUGGGUAGUCCUCCACAGAGAAGUACAACCAGAGAGCGUAGGCCUAGGACUGUGAACAAUGAAGAAAGAAGAGAUGGAAGUAGUAGGAGGCGACAAGGGAGAAAUAGAAAUUCGGUAAAUGGAGUGGCAGGGAGUAAUGGGUUGACGGGGGUAAUAAUGGAUUUACCGCCUGGAUAUGAAUUAAGGACAACGCAACAAGGACAAGUUUACUUUUUUCACAUACCUACUGGUGUAUCUACAUGGCAUGAUCCUAGGAUACCCAAAGAUUUGACACCACUAAGCCUUGAAGUUGACAAUUUAGGACCACUUCCUCCGGGCUGGGAAAUGAGGCAGACAAGUUCAGGAAGGAUAUAUUUUGUAGACCACAAUAAACGAACAACUCAGUUCACGGAUCCAAGAUUGAAUUCUCAAAUUUUAAACAACAUACUCAGGAGAAGUGGGCAUAAUGAUGCAAAUCCACCAGCUACAACUGGUAACGUGCCGUCGCCACCACCUGUAACCUCGCCUCCAAAUACUGCCAGCGUAACGGAAGCAGACGGACUAGCCUGUUCGCAUCAAUCUAACCCGGAGCCCGUCUCGCCGAGAGUACGUACCGAACGGAUAAGAAACGAAGACCUCCCACCGAAUCUCUUGAACGAAUCCGAGCAUUUACCGAAAUACCGACGAGACCUCGUCGCCAAAUUGAAAGUUCUGAGAGCGGAAUUGAAUUCGUUGCAACCGCAAAGCGGUCACUGCAGGCUGGAAGUAUCGAGAAGCGAGAUUUUUGAAGAGAGUUAUAGACUUAUAAUGAAAAUGCGUCCAAAAGAUAUGCGAAAAAGACUAAUGGUGAAAUUCCGCGGCGAAGAAGGUCUAGACUACGGCGGCGUGGCCAGAGAAUGGUUGCAUCUCCUUUCUCGCGAGAUGCUUAAUCCUCAGUACGGCCUGUUUCAGUAUAGCAGAGACAACCACUAUACGUUGCAAAUUAAUCCAGAUUCGUCUGUUAAUCCCGAACACCUUUCGUAUUUUCAUUUCGUCGGCAGGAUAUUAGGAAUAGCCGUUUUUCAUAAUCAUCAAUUGGAAGGCGGCUUCACGUUGCCGUUUUACAAACAGCUGUUGAAUAAGCAAAUUACACUUCAGGAUAUUGAAGGUGUUGAUCCGGAACUGCAUCGCAGUCUCACCUGGAUGUUAGAAAAUAACAUCAACGGUGUAUUAGACACUACCUUUUCAGUGGAAAAUAAUAGUUUUGGUAUUAUUAAAGUGCACGAACUGAAAGCCGAUGGAGCGUCCGUCGCCGUAACGGAAGAAAACAAACGAGAAUAUGUCAAGUUGUACGUCAAUUAUAGGUUCAUGCGGGGCAUCGAACAGCAAUUUUUAGCUUUACAAAAAGGUUUUUCCGAACUAAUUCCUUCAACUUCUUUGCGACCCUUCGACGAAAGGGAAUUGGAACUUGUUAUUAGCGGAAUUGGAUCCAUAGAUAUAGCCGACUGGCGUUCGCAUACAAGACUAAAACAUUGUACGCCCGAAACGCCUGUCGUCCAAUGGUUCUGGCAGGUCGUCGAUUCCUACUCCGAGGAAAUGCGAGCGCGAUUAUUGCAAUUCGUCACCGGUAGUUCGCGCGUACCGCUACAAGGAUUCAAAGCUUUGCAAGGCAGCACCGGGGCCGCAGGUCCCAGAUUGUUCACGAUACAUUGCGUCGACGUACCGCCUCAAAAUUUGCCUAAAGCACAUACUUGCUUUAAUAGAAUUGACAUACCGCCCUACGAAACUUACCAAAUAUUGUUAGACAAACUGACGCAAGCCGUUGAAGAAACUUGUGGAUUUGCCGUAGAAUGAGAUCAAAAUUGUUUAAUGACAACCCGUCAGUCUGUGGUAUUUGAGGAGUCCGAUUUAGAAGACUGUCAAAGUGCCUUUCAAUGUUUUCACACACAUUUUUUAAUUCAAUUUUCACAAGUGCCUAAUACUCCACCUACACAUAUUUACCAGCACAAAAAUACCGAAAACUUUUCGCAGCUUUUUUCUUUCGACUGUUUAUUAGAUAACUUCAGCAUAAGCAUAUUGAUGAAAAACAAAAUGUAGUAAUAAUUUUUUAUGUUAAUUGAUAAGGUCCGGCUCGAAGUACCAAAAUUUGUAAAUUGUAAAUCUUAAACCAAAACAAAUUAAAUUUGAUAUUUUGAUGUUUUAUAUGAUUAUGAUGACUUUCUAAACAAAUAUUAUUUGUUUACUUUUAAGAAAGGUAUAAAAUUCCCUCCAUUAAAUAGGCAACUUUCAAUACAUCUAUUCGCAGUUUAUUUUUUGCUUUCGAAGAAUAUGGGGUGCUAAUAAUGUUUAAUUAUUCGUCCAUAACACAGUUUAUAGCUAAAGAAUCAGUUCGCUCACUCUGCGUCAGCACUUUUGAUCUCAAUGUUCCAAUUUAUACAUUGCGCAACUCGGAUUUGUAUCCCUGGCGCAUACAGAAUCAAAUCAUAAUAACCUAAGAGCCCACUGCAAAUUUUACCGUCAUCUGAUAACGAAAUGAAAUAUACCCCAAAAAGCAUGUAAAAACAUUGUACUUUACCAUUGCACCUGUGUCAAUCCCAAUCCUGAACAAAGUGAUUAAAAAAUUUGUAUUAAAAAAGGCAUGACAGUGCUAAUUUUGUUUGCCCUUAGAUUUUUCCAGAAAAUAACAUUCAAAUAUAUCUUGAUAUAUAUCGUUAAAAGGAAACAUUUUCUUCCUCUUAACAUCGCACACAAAACAUCUGUCCACGAUUAGUAGGUAGAAAUCAUUAAAAAUAUGAAUAAAUUAUUGCUGAUUUAAAAAUUUAUUUGUAUGCCUAUUGUUGUGAUUCAUUUUUACAGGUUGCCAUAGAAACGACAAAAACUACUAUGAUUAUCGUUUAAAAGAAUUGUCUAACAAGAGUUUAUGAUUAUUAUUGACUAUCUCUGCAAUAUUAAUAAUUCAGGUCUAAAAGAUAGGUUCACAAUGAAUUAGGAUUGUAAUUUUCAGGGAAAACACAAUUGUCGUUGACAUGUCUUAUGUGUUUUUUUGAAUAUUAAAUAAAAAAAUUUAACCACUUUGCUCGGGAUAGGGAUUGGCGCAGGUGCAAUUUGGUAAAGUACAAUGUUGUUACAUGCCUUUGGAGCAUAUUUCAUUUCGUUAUCAGAUGACGGUCGAAAUUUGCAGUGUGCUCUCUUACUAUAUGACAACCGCCUAUAUUCAAACAGCAGUCUUCUGCUCAUCUGAAUUUGUAUCCCUGGAGUGGAUGUUAUUUUGGAACAUCCAAUUGGUCCGAGUUACCUAACUGAUUCUUUAGCUAUAAACUGUGUCCAUAAUAUACUGUUAAUGGCUAGAAUUAUCAGAAAUAAG